UCUCAGUGCUGGUUCACCGCUGUCUACAUGCAGCUGCUGCUGGCCAUGAUCCUCCUGCUGCUGCUGCUGCUGCUGUUGCCUAUCUCCUGUAGGAAGACAGCAGGUAUGGUGGUGCUUGUGACUGCAACGGUUGCGGCUCUGGUGGUACCUCUGGUCAUCACCCUGGUCUAUCACCUGCCUCCCUCACAGCUCCCUCAACUCUUAUCCAGUGAAGUGUCUGAGUAUCAGCGGAGAAUGAUGUUAACACCGUGGUGUCGGGCGGGGCCGUGGGUGGUGGGCGUAUGGGCGGCGCUGCUCCUGCACUAUACAGACUCCCACAACAUCAACAUUCCUAAAUGUGGGGUACUGACAGGAUACCUGGUGUGCACCGCUGUAGUGAUGGCACUACUGGGAGGACUGUACCCCUACAACCAUGUAUGGCCCACUAGGCACUACACCAGGGCAGUGGCUGCCUCCUACGGUACUCUGGCCAGACCUUCCUGGGCACUCUGUAUGGCCUGGAUCGUCUUUACCUGCCAUACCCAUCACGCAGAAGUGGUGAACCAGUUGUUGUCGUACGCUGCGUGGUGGCCACUGAGUCGUCUGAGUUUCACUGUGUACCUGGUGGGUCCAGUGGUCCAGGUGUGGUGUGCAUCGGUCCAGCUCACACCAGUCUACUUCAACUACCUGUCAAAGUUAUUUGAGUGCCUGGGAGUGCUGUUCAUCUCAACAGUGCUGAGUCUUGUUCUCUGCUGCCUCCUGGAGAGGCCAAUCUCCUCCCUAGCUACCGCCCUCCUACCCUACCAAGGUAUGCUCUGA